GACAAGUUUUAAUAAAUGUAUAAACAUAGUGAUAGAUCUUUAUAAGGUUAAGUUAUACAGUUGGUUAAAGUAAACAUUAAAGAAUUAUUUAAACAAUUAUUAACAUUUAAGCAUCAACUUAUCAUAUAAUAUUUAAAUAAACAAAAAAAUAAUUAUUAUAUUUCUGAUAAUUUUGUACAAAUGGCAAACGUAAAAGAUUAUUCUAAGGAAGAAAUAAAAAAUAAACAUUUGGAAGCAUUGGAAAGAAAAAAAAAAAUUCAACAAUUAAAACGCACUUCUGAAUGUUCUGUUGCUUUUCCUGUACGUAAAUCUCAAUAUACUCCAUCUAAUGCUAUUAACUCUGCAGUCGCAUUAAAAUCAAAUAAUUCUAAGAUUGGGCCUAUACGGACAUUUAAUUCAGUUAACAAAUAUGCACCUAAGACGCCUGUAACACCUAAAGAACCUAAAAAUUUUUUUGGUACUAACUCUGUUAUAACAGUGAAAUGUUAUAUGAUUACUAAUGACAAAUUUGCGGUGGAAACGUCAUCUUAUUUAUCAUCUGUAAUUGAUGUAUUUAAGACAAUGAAUAGUAGAUCAUAUGAUUCAAGUAAAAAGACAUGGAGUUUUCAUCUGACAGAUUAUGAAAAUUUAAUAAAAAAGUUAAUAGAAUUAAAAUCAAAUCUUUCUAUAAUACAAAUACCAGCAUCUGUUAUACGGCUUUUCAAGCAAAAUUACUCUUCAUCCGAUACAACACCUUCCAUUAAUUUGUUAUCAAUAGAUGAAACAUUAAGAAGUACGUUAAUGCCUUUUCAAGAAGAAGGCAUUCGUUAUGGAAUUUCAAAGAAAGGUCGUUGUAUAAUUGCUGAUGAUAUGGGAUUAGGAAAAACAAUACAAGCAUUGGGAAUAGCAUCCUUUUUUCAAGAAAGUUGGCCUUUGUUAAUUGUAGCACCAUCCACUGUUAGAUAUCAGUGGUCCGAAGCUAUUUUUAAUUAUUUACCAUCUAUACCUGCACAUUAUAUUCAUCAAUUUACCAAUGUCAAAGAUUUUAAUAAUGAUGUAAAAAUUGUUAUAGUAUCCUAUGAUUUAUUGGCAAGAUCAGAAGAAUUAUUUAAAAGCCUUGGUUUUGGAUUUGUCAUUUUGGAUGAAUCACACACUAUAAAAAACAAUAAGACUUUUAGAUUUAAAGCUGUACAAAAAAUUGCAUCUAAUUCAAAACAUGUAGUUUUACUUAGUGGAACGCCAGCUUUGUCUCGUCCUAUAGAAUUAUAUACUCAGAUUAACCUUGUAAUUCCUAAUUUUAUGGGAUAUCAAGAAUAUGGAAUUCGAUAUUGUGCAGGAAUUAAAAAAAACUUUGGCUGGGAUUUUACUGGAUCAUCUAAUAUGCAAGAACUACAAUUACUAUUGAAGUUAACAUGUAUGAUUAGACGAUUAAAAGAUGAUGUGUUAAAUCAAUUACCAUCAAAAAUAAGGCAGGUCAUUAUACUGGAUCCAGACAUGAUAAAACAAGAUAUAAAAAAACAGAAAGAGUUUGACAAGUCCAUUCCGCAUGACUUAAAAGAUCAUAGUGCACUUCUUCAGUAUUAUAAUAAAUCAAGUUUUUUAAAACUUAGAGCUAUCCGUGAUUAUGUUACUCGAAUAUUCUCGAAUAAACAAAAGUGUCUCAUCUUUGCUCACCAUAAACAUGUUCUAGAUGCAAUAUGUGAAGUAGCAAAAGAAAUGGACAUAGGAUUUAUAAGGAUAGAUGGAAGUGUAAAUUCAAAUAGAAGAACAGAUGCGGUCAAUAAUUUUCAAAACGAUAGCAAUUGUUUGGCAGCUAUUUUAUCUAUAACUGCUGCAAAUUCUGGUAUCACAUUAACAGCUGCACGAUUGGUAGUUUUUGCAGAAUUAUUUUGGAAUCCUGGAAUUUUAUUUCAAGCGGAAGACAGGGUACACAGAAUUGGACAAAACGAUAGUGUUAUUAUUCAAUAUUUAGUGGCAAAACAAACGGCUGAUGAUCAUUUAUGGUCAUUAUUAAGAAGUAAGAUAAAUACUCUGAACAAAGCUGGUCUUAAUCAAAAUGAUUUAAUGGAAAAUACGAGAAUGGACCAAACAUUAGAUUCUCAUCAAUUACGAAUAGAUAAAUUUGUGGAAAAACAUCAGAAUAAAUCAUUAGAAAUGAAUGAACCUGAAAAGAAAGAAGAAACUUCUAUCGAUGAUAUUAAAGAAUUGUUAAAUUUUGAUAACGAAGAUCUACAAGACUGUGAUUUUAAUUUCUAAAUA